CACCCUCCCGCGGCCAGAUAAAAGUCGCGUGGGUUCCCGACUCACGGAUCCCUUAUCUUUUGUCUUUCUUCCAGCAUUGCCUUUUUCUUCCCAUUCCUCUCCAACUCUCACCCAAGCAGUCUCAUCUUCUACUGCAGUAGAACCAGCAGCAUCUAGAAUCGCCAGCAAUCCCCUCUUCUUUUCCCCAACGCAUCGCUAUACAAACCGCAAUCAUGGCUACCAAGAGCGCCAACAUUACCUACACGGAGAAUCUCCAAAAGUACCUGAGGCUGGACCAGAAGGGUUCCGUCAUCGCCGAGUACAUCUGGAUCGACGCCGAGGGCGGCGUCAGGUCAAAGUCAAGGACCCUGGAAGGCAAGCAGGGCGGCUUCAAGCCCGACGACCUCCCCACCUGGAACUUUGACGGCUCCUCGACUGGCCAGGCCCCCGGCGACAACUCUGAUGUCUACCUCAAGCCUGUCGACGUCUUUCCCGAUCCCUUCCGCGGUGGCGAGAACAUCCUGGUUUUGGCCGAGUGCUGGAACGCCGAUGGCACCCCCAACAAGUUCAACCACAGGCACGAGUGUGCCAAGUUGAUGGAGACGCACGCCGAGCACCAGCCGUGGUUCGGCCUGGAGCAAGAAUACACCCUCCUGGACCUCAACGACCGCCCGUUCGGAUGGCCCGAAAAUGGCUUCCCCGCACCCCAGGGCCCUUACUACUGCGGCGUGGGUACCGGCAAAGUUGUGCAGCGCGACAUCGUUGAGGCACAUUACAAGGCGUGUCUCUUUGCUGGUGUCAAGAUCUCGGGUACCAAUGCCGAGGUCAUGCCCGCCCAGUGGGAGUUCCAAGUUGGCCCAUGUGAAGGCAUCGAGAUGGGCGACCACCUAUGGAUCGCCCGCUUCCUGCUCCACCGCGUCGCCGAGGAGUUUGGUGCCAAGGUGUCUGUUGACCCUAAGCCCAUCCCCGGUGAUUGGAACGGCGCCGGUCUGCACAGCAACUUUUCCACCAAGGAAAUGCGUGUUGAGGGCGGUAUGAAGCAUAUCGAAGCUGCUAUUAAGAAGCUCGAGGGCCGUCACAAGGAGCAUAUCGCUGUGUACGGCGAAGGCAACGAGAAGAGGUUGACGGGCAGGCACGAGACGGGCGCCAUCGAUUCCUUUAGCUAUGGCGUUGCCAACCGCGGCGCGUCCAUCAGGAUUCCGCGCGAGUGUGCCGCCAAGGGAUACGGCUACUUCGAGGAUCGCCGGCCGGCGUCCAACGCAGACCCCUACCAGAUCACGGGCAUCAUCAUGGAGACGUGCUUUGGCGAGGCGCAGUAGAGGGUCUAGCAGCUCCUUCUAGUUUUCUUCCACAUCUCUGGCGUUUGUUUCCGUUCCCUUUUACAGAUUCGACCGUGACACCACCGCAGUCCGGGGUCACUAUUAGAUCUACAUAUUUUUGAACCAAUACUACCAUUCAAGUAUAUGCUACCAAUCCCCUUCAUCCGGGUGCUACAGAAUUGGUGGGCAACUCGGCUCUUACUGUAUGCUCA